CAAAAAAAAAGAAAAGGCAAAAUCUCCAAUUUUCUUUUCAUCUUCAUCAUAAAAGAAAAUUAAUUAUUAAUUAAAAAAAAGCAUGAAAGGUGAAGGAAGAUCAAGCAAAAAAUGCUUAGCCUACGUGGCAGCAUUCAUUAUAUUUCAAGGCAUAGUGAUCGCCGUGUUUGCCCUAACGGUGAUGAAAGUGAAGAGCCCGAAAGCCCGUUUCGGCACCAUAACGGCGGAGAACUUCAGCUCCGGCAACUCUAACGGCCCAUCUUUCGGAAUGGACUUAAAAGCUCAAUUCGCCGUUAAGAACACCAACUUCGGUCACUUCAAGUACGAAAACAGCACGGUGACGGUACUCUACCAAGGCAUGCCGGUCGGUGAGGCGUUCAUUCCCAGAGCCAGAGCCAGGGCCCGGUCCACUCGCCGGUUCGAUAUCACCAUUCCCAUCAGCUCAUCCCGGUUGACCAACACGGCUAACCUCGGAAACGACAUCAACAGCGGCGUUUUGACUUUGACUAGCCAAGCUAAGCUUAGUGGUAAGGUGCAUCUGAUGAAGGUGAUCAAGAAGAAGAAAUCUGGUGAGAUGAGUUGUAUCAUGUUGGUCAACUUGAAGACCCGGGCUGUCCAGGAUUUAAAGUGCAAAUGACCAAUUAAUUAAGCUUAUUUAUUAAUUAGUUAUUUUAUUGUUUAGAUUUAUUUAAUUUUCCAUGAAUUUUUCCCAUAGUGUUUUGUUUUGGGUUGAAUAUGUUUCUAUUUUUGAGUUUUUGUAUAAUCUUUGUAUUGAAGUUUGGAUACAUUCUUUUGUGAUUAUAAAUAUUAUUGAGUUGAGAAAAUUUGAAUUGGUGGUGAUUUUCUUUCUCCUCUC